UUGGCUAGCAACAGCUAGACUAAAAGAGCACUUUUCACAUUUAUCAGUUUGUAUUGACCUUUGGUAUUUUUUUAAUCUCUCCUUCCUGAAAUGCAAAUUCAGGAGAUUUUCAAAACCAUGGAUUUCCGCGGUUUGGAACAUUCGGACUACGAAAUAUUAGCCGAACUAGGCGAGGGCGCCUAUGGGAAAGUGUACAAAGCCAGAGAGAUCGGCGGGCUGCAGCGCCUCGUAGCCGUGAAGAAGCUCAACGUCCCCGGGGAGCCGCACACGGGCAUCCCGCAGUUCAUGAUCCGAGAGGUGGCGCUGUUGAGAAGGAUUGAGCAUUUCGACCACCCAAACAUAGUGAAGUUGCUGAAUGUGUCAGCUGGAGUGAGGAAGCAGAAUUUGGACCUGACACUGGCCUUCGAGUACAUUGAUCAGGAUCUGUCAUCGUUCCUCAGCACAGUGCCAGAAAAUGGCCUGAGUAGAGAUAAAAUAAAGGACAUCAUGUGCCAGCUACUAAGUGGACUGGACUUUCUCCACACUAACACAGUCGUGCAUCGCGACCUGAAGCCAGACAACAUAUUAGUCAGCAGCCAGGGGGAGGUGAAGAUUGCUGACUUCGGGCUGGCCAGGAUCUACACUUACCACAUCGCCCUGACGCCCUGUGUGGUGACCCUGUGGUACAGGGCUCCGGAGGUGCUACUCCACUUGGGGUACAUGUCCGCUGUGGACAUCUGGAGCGCUGGCUGCAUUUUCGCAGAACUUUUCCUGUUAAGACCUUUGUUUCGCGGACAUACAGAGGUCCAGCAGCUUCAGAAAAUCUUUGAGGUGAUUGGUUUACCUAGAAAGGAGGACUGGCCCAAGGAAAGCCCCAUCCGCUAUGACCCUGCUUGGGCCAGACAACAGCUGACCACACAGCUGCUGCCCAGCCUCACCCCGGAGGAGAAGGACCUGCUCACCCAAUGUCUAGAAUUCAAUCCAAGCAGACGCGUCUCAGCUUACAGAGCCUUAGACCAUCCGUUCCUGUCAGGUCCCUAACGUCCACACACACUGGACAGAAGGCUGAGAGACAUGAAGACAGAGGGGGUUGGAUGAGAGGAGUGGUCUUUGGCUUGGGCUACUCCCACCCAAACAGUCUAAAAGUCAUCUUAGGGUACUUGAGCUGUAAUGAGAUAUGCAUCAGGUUUUAGAAGUGUCCUUGUAAGACCUUGUAUUAAAGGGCCCAUGUCCUAUAUUUUAUCUUGGUCCACUAAUGUUUGGAUUCCACAGCUGAUAACAAGUGUAAAUCUCUAAAUGUAGCUGAAGUGUUUCCAGCUCAGGACUGUAGUCAUUCGUCUUUUACUCACAAAGAGAGCAACUUUAGUGAAAUGAACUGCAUCGGUACAGUUUGGGUUUUGGUUCUUAUUGUAUUGUCAGAGCAGC